AUGUCGUUCCCGAGCUCGCGGUCGCGGCUUCCCUUCCUGGCGGCCUGCCCGUCCUGGCCCGAGCGCUGGCCGAGCCUGGUGUCCACUGGACCCGCGCCGGCUCGGGUUCCCGGGGACUCCCGUCCCCCGCCGGCGCCGCCAGCCCGCGACCGGAAGCGCGCCGGAACGGGCACUGUGCUGGGCCGGGCCCUGCACUGCUCGAUACCGGCUGGAUGGACAGGCCUGACCCCCCCAGGCCAGCCAGGGUCCUCCCAGGUGCCCAGGAGGGACAGGGUGCAGGGAGCUGCUGCCACGCCCGGUGCCCCGACCCAGGUGGGCUUCCCAGAGGUGCCCCAGCUGCGUCUCCAAGGGGUGCAGGUUGGGAGAGGGGAGCGAGAGGAAGGUGACUUGUCCUGCAAGGGAGAAGUCCCAGGUGUCCCUGUGCAGUCACUCUCCAGCUUGGUCUGGGCCCUGUCCUUUGAGUCCCCCGUGCUGGGAGAGGAUGCUCCUGUGCUCACUCCCAGUGUCUAUGUGCUGGCACUUCUGGAUCCCCAAUCUGGAACAAGGCCAGGCUUGCGACAACUCAAGCUCAGGGAAUCCCUGGACCAAGAGAAGGCUGGGCAGGUGGCCAUCCUACCCCAGGCCAGGGGGACCAGGCAGUGGAGUGCCACGACCAGACGUCCCAGCGAUGACCAGGCAGGGUCCCCCAGCUCCCCCGUCUCCAGAGUCGUCUACAACGGCAAGAGGAACAGCAGCCCCCGCUCCCCACCCAACAGCAGCGAGAUCUUCACCCCUGCUCACGAGGAGAAUGUACGCUUCAUCUAUGAAGCCUGGCAGGGUGUGGAGCGAGACCUCCGGAACCAACUGUCGGGCAGUGAGCGGGGCCUGGUGGAGGAAUAUGUGGAGAAGGUCCCCAACCCCGGCCUGAAGACCUUCAAACCCAUUGACCUGAGCGACCUGCGGCGGCGGAGCACCCAGGACGCCAAGAAGUCCUAA